CAAAAGUAACAGCUGGACUUGUGAGGAUUAGAAGGAAAUCUGGGUGGGUUUUUGAUAGAAACUCCCACAAGACGGAGAAGGGCCUGAUGGAGGAAAUGCUGAGACGAGGGGAAGGAAACACAGACUGGACUUCUCCUGCAGUCGUGGUAGUCGUUGAGGCAAAGAUUGCAUGAGAGUCCCUGGACAUUAAUCACGUUCAUUUUACUCAAGAUUAAUACAGAUUAGAAAACCCAGAGGUAGUGCCUAAGAUACUGGACUAAUCACUCCUUUGCAAGCUCAAUCCGUCCACAAGAUGUGAGGGAGCAGGUGGGAGAACAGGAUGACCUGUGACAUUGAAGCCGAUUACUUACAAAAUCUGCAAGAUCAGAUUGAGUCAUUUAUCUUCAUCUGAGGAGGAGAAGAAGAUACCAUCAAGGAAAAACAGACGGAUCUGGAACGUGAGCGGAGGCGGCAAGUGGGAAACGUGGACCGACUGUGACGGGACAAACGUUUUGACUUAAAUCAAGAGGAAACAUACAUCAGCCUCUCUAGGUCAUCGGGGUCAUGGGGUCACAGAAGCCUGUCCUGGCCGUCAGAACAAACAAUGAUCUCAGAUUUAGAUUUAACAGCCUGCCUUUCUAUCUAGUCAUCAUUUUCUGUGACUAAUGCUCCAGCAGGGAAGUUGGAUGUCCUUAUGCAGCCUUUGCCCUGCACAUCUGCCUCCCUUUUCUUUCUCGCUGGAAGAGAUUAAAUCCCAGUGCUUUAUCUUUUUCUACACCACUGUCCUAAUCAACGAUUGUCCCUCCUAAAACCCCAACCUCAUACCACUUCUGCACUUGUCUGCUUAUUAUGUAGCUCAUAUUCCAUUUCUCAGUCAACUUUCAUUUUCUUCUCUUGCUUUUUCUCUCUCAAUGAAUCAGUCUCAGUUGCCCGUCACCCCUCUGAUCUUCAUCGUCAUUGAUUACCGUGUUUAUUAAGGCUCAUGCUGCCAUUCUUUUGGACCACAAUCACCCUCAAAGUCAACCAAUAGCUGCCACCUGUGUUAUUUGGAUAUCCUCUUUCCAACUACUUCUCAAUCCAACUGCUGAGCAACUCAUAGUUUUUUUUUAAUGAUGUUGUGGUGUCAUGGAAAACCCUUAGACCCUUUGAUACUCAUCAAGAUUGCUCACCGGGGUCGUUCAGGCUCAUGUCUCCAUCUCAUUGGACCAGAAUCCCCCUCAAAGUGAAGUUGAAACACUGUUACCGAUAGCCAACAGCUAUUUUUUUUCCUUUGGAUUGACUUGAUUCAAAGUGCAACCAUGUUGGAGAACAUGUCCAGACGCAACCGCUCGCUGCUGUCGCUGGCGCUGACCUCGCUGGCCCUCACGCUGUCCGUCUCGGCUUUCUGCACCUCCUACUGGUGCGAAGGGACACACAAGGUGGUGAAGCCCGUCUGUCUGUCACCGGUGAAGACGAAAAACUGUGGAAAGAAUAACAGCCAGCCGUACACCACAGAGCCCCCCACCGUGGACCCCAGAGACCCCGUCUCCAACGUAACACUCUCCCCGAAGCAGAAGGAGGAACUGGCCCAGUUAAGGAAGAAGCAGCUGGCCAACGCCGUCCACUACAUCUGGGAGACGGGCGAGGACAAGUUCAUGCUCAGAUACUUCCACACCGGGUUCUGGCUCUCCUGUGAAAAACACAAUGAAGGUGAUGAUCAAGAAGAAAAGUGUCGCAGUUUCAUUGAGCUGACACCAGGAGAAUCGCAAGGUGUGCUGUGGCUGUCGGUCAUCAGUGAGUUCAUGUACAUCGGUCUGUUGGCGAUGGGUUUCCUGCUGAUGUGGGUGGAAGCCAUUUGUCUCUGUGCCAAGAGGGAGAUGAGUUCCCUCAAGAUCAACGCCUUCGCUGCCAUGUGCACCGUGCUCUCAGGCCUGAUGGGGAUGGUAGCUCACAUGAUGUACACCACCGUGUUUCAGCUGACCGUCAGCAUCGGGCCCAAAGACUGGAGGCCUCAAUCCUGGGACUACGGCUGGUCUUUUGCCUUGGCGUGGCUUUCCUUCAGCUGCUGCAUGGGAGCCGCGGUGGCGACGCUCAACUCGUACACCAAGACCAUCAUCGAGAUGAAGCACCGGGCCAGGAUGAGGCUGGAGGAGGCCCGGGCCGCCAGCUGUGCUCCGUCCUACGAGGAGGUGGUGGGAGCCGCGGGAGGAGGGAUCUACUCCGUCAGCCAGCUCAUGCAGCUCGGCCAGCAGGGGGCGCUCACCGAUCCACUCUGGCCCAAAGGAGUGGGACCGUCCGUGGGACCGCUGGCCUGCGGAGCCGGGGGAGGAAUGGGAGUUCCUGAUGUGGAGAACGUUGGUGGGGGGAUGGGAGGACUCGGACCAGGAGGAAUGGCGUCCAUGGCCGGAGUCGGAGGAAAUGGAGUUGGAGGACUGAUGGGAACACGAGGAGCCGGAGGGGGGAGGCUGAUGGACCGUGGAGACGUGGUGGUCGUGGAGGGAUGUUGUGGGGAAGGAUGUGAAGACUGUGAACAGGAGAUGCAUGAAAUGGAAUAUGUUUUGCAAGAUUCGAGACAGGACUCAAUCUGCUAAGACUUCCAUGGGAAAAAGACAAAAUACACUGUAAAACCACUGGUGUUGAACAAGCACAUUAAUAAAAGUUGUACAUAUGUUUAAUUUAAUUUUUUACAUGUGUUAAAUUAAAUGUUAAAGGGGACCUAUAUGGCAUCUAAUACCUAUUUUAAACAGGCCUUGAAUGUCUUAAAAACAAGCUUUUGAUUGUUUUUGCUAAAUAAAUUAGAAAUUCAACCUCUGAGCCAUGUCUUUAUCAUCCCAUUCCCAAUGUCGAAAUGUUGAGAAAAAAGUCGAAAUGUAGAGAAAAAAGUCGAAAUGUCGAGAAAAAAGUCGAAAUUUUGAGAAAAAAGUCAAAAUGUCAAGAUUAAUGUUGAAGUACAAUCUCGAGAAAAAAUUUGAAAUGUUGAGAAAAAAGUCGAAAUGUCGAGAAAAAAGUCAAAAUGUCGAUAUUAAAAAGGAAAGGAAAAAGCAAGAAAAAAAGAGAAAAAAAGGAAAAAAAAGAAAAAAAAGAAAAGAAGAUGUCAAAAUGUUGAGAAAAAAGUCGAAAUGUAGAGAAAAAAAGUCGAAAUGUCGAGAAAAAAGUAAAAAUUUC